CUCCUCGCUCCACGUCAGAAGGAACCGGGCGGAGCGGCCAACAUGGCGGAACGCAGGCGACACAAGAAGCGGAUCCAGGAAGUCGGUGAACCUUCAAAAGAAGAGAAGGCUGUAGCCAAGUAUCUUCGAUUCAACUGUCCAACAAAGUCCACCAAUAUGAUGGGUCAUCGGGUUGAUUAUUUUAUUGCUUCAAAAGCAGUGGAUUGCCUCUUGGAUUCAAAGUGGGCAAAGGCCAAGAAAGGAGAGGAGGCUUUAUUUACAACCCGGGAGUCUGUGGUGGACUACUGCAACAGGCUUUUAAAGAAACAGUUUUUUCAUCGGGCUCUAAAAGUAAUGAAAAUGAAGUAUGAUAAAGACAUAAAAAAAGAAAAAGAUAAAGGGAAAUCUGAAAGUGGGAAAGAAGAAGAUAAAAAGAGCAAGAAAGAAAAUAUAAAAGAAGAAAGGACAAAAAAGGAAAAAGAGAAAAAAAAAGAUGGUGAAAAGGAAGAGCCCAAAAAGGAAGAAACUCCAGGAACUCCAAAAAAGAAGGAAACUAAGAAAAAAUUUAAACUCGAGCCACAUGAUGAUCAAGUUUUUCUGGAUGGAAAUGAGGUUUAUGUGUGGAUCUAUGACCCAGUUCACAUUAAAACAUUUGUCAUGGGAUUAAUUCUUGUUAUUGCAGUGAUAGCAGCCACCCUCUUCCCUCUCUGGCCAGCAGAGAUGAGAGUCGGUGUUUACUACCUCAGUGUGGGCGCAGGCUGUUUUGUGGCCAGCAUUCUUCUCCUUGCUGUUGCUCGCUGUAUUCUGUUCCUCAUCAUUUGGCUGAUAACUGGAGGAAGACACCACUUUUGGUUCUUGCCAAACCUGACUGCUGAUGUGGGCUUCAUUGACUCCUUCAGGCCUCUAUACACACAUGAAUACAAAGGACCAAAAGCAGACUUAAAGAAAGAUGAGAGAUCGGAAACCAAAAGGCAACAGAAGUCCGACAGUGAGGAAAAGUCAGACAGUGAGAAAAAGGAGGAUGAAGAAGGCAAAGUGGCAGCAGGAAAUCAUGGAACAGAAGGCUCAGGUGGAGAGCGCCACUCUGACACAGACAGUGACAGGCGGGAAGAUGACCGCUCCCAACACAGUAGUGGAAACGGAAACGAUUUUGAGAUGAUCACGAAAGAGGAACUGGAACAGCAGACAGAUGGAGAUUGUGAUGAGGAAGAUGACGACAAGGAUGGAGAAAUGCCUAAAUCUGCACAUGAAAAAUCAUAAUCUGACUAGUUUGGGACUGAAGUGCGGCAGGUUGGGUUUUCUGUGUUGGGUGAUCAUCAUAAUGUACACAUGACAUUUGUAGCAUUCUUUAAAUCCAUUUUCUGAAAUGUAUUUGACAUUUAGUUACAGUCAGCCUUUUGUUUCGUAGGACACUGGUACUAUUGGCACAGUCGAAGCCAUUAAUAACUUUAUCCAUCAGAUUAUUUUACAGUGAGUAGGCCUCAUUUUGAUAGUCAUCAAAGAAACAUUGUCUACAGUGACAUUUAGAUUAAGGGCAUUUUUGAUAGUUGUAUGGCUUUUUACUGUUAGACUAAUGGAAAUCACUAAAGAAACUGCAGCAUUUCAAAUUAUGCAUAAGUAUAUAGCCAUUUUGCAGUUUCUUUAUGAUGAAAUGCUUAAACUCAUUGUUCUUAGUAGUUAUGCUUUUGUUUUUCUUCAUGAAAUUAUACCAGAAAAUUCCUUUUUAAGAUUUUGAGUUAGCAGGGAUCAAGAGCAUUUUGUGGAAACAAACCAGCUAGUAACAGUGCAGUAACACUUUUAAUUUAGCUACAAAUUAUCCUUUUCCAACUUAGGAAAUUCAAACUGAAUUGUACAUUCAAUCCAGAGAAAGGUGGUCAUCUCCAACAGAAAGUGAAGAACAGUGAUUGGAAGGUGAGGGCUCUUCCUUCCUCCCAUCUCCUUGUCAUAACAUAAAAUGUAUUCUGUAAAUAAUUUACAAAUAAAACAUUUUAUUUUAAUUGUUACUUAUUAUUUAGACAUUUCUCAACACUUAAAUUUGUAAAACGAAAACCAUGUAAGGGUAUGUUUUUAGAGUUCCCGUAACCCACAGAACAUCUGAUCUUUCUACAGCAGCUUCAGUUAUGUGCCAACAUUCCAUGUAUUUUAAUAUGAGUAAAAAUUAUUCUUAUUUUAAGUAAGAACAGACUUAAAGUAGCUGUUUGUACGCCUUAAUGUUCAUUUUGAUUUUCAAUCCUUACAUCUAGAAAUGGGGACUAUGUUAUCAAACCAGGAGGCACUGCUGUGAGAAACAAUUUGCUGUUCUCAAAUACCAAUUAAAAAUAAAGGAUAUAAAAGAAAACAUAGAAAACCAUUGGACUCUAAUUGCUUCAAACUAGUUCUGCCAUUUUAUUUUUUUACACAGUUUAGUUACAACCUUUUUAAAAAAAAUCUUGUCUACUUACAAGUAUUCAUUCCUUGGAGCUACAGUCUUACACACUGAUAGUGAGCAGUAAUGACUUUGCUUCAGUCACAGUGCUUUUGUUAUAGUUAGUAAGUGGUGGAAUACAUAAGGUCUUCAUCUUUAGGCUGUUUCCCCUCUGAGUGUUUGACUAAAAAUGACUUUUAAUUGUGAGAAAGUGCAUUCUGUGUGUAUUGAAAUCUUAAGAAAUAUGGCUUGAUUGUUUCCUUAGUCUUCCUUGUGUGUGGACAGAAUUGGGGCUGUAAGUCUUUUAAGGUUUUUCUCAAAGCACUGUGCGUUGAUUGUAGUGCCUGGGUAGUUUUCAUCCAUGUUUGCAGAGCCCUGCUACUUCAUUUGCACAGUAAGGAAAAGGAUAAUUACAGCUUAUGAACUUACCAGUUACAGUACAUUAGUACCUUUUUGGGGCUGUGAAAAUGGAACCAGAGUGUUUUAUAACAGUAAAACUGCUUUGUUAACCUUUACUAUUAUGGUACCCAGGCACUCAGUAUUUAUGAUUUAUGUGCAAGUUCUUUAUAUGUCCUGUGUCUAGUCUAAAAAGUGAGGAAUGCUAGCUACAAAGUCCACCCAUAUCAAUAUAUGUGUGGAUUUCUACAGAUUACUAGUAACAUUUUUAUAAAUAUUUGAUGACCUUUGGGGGGAAUAUUCUUACUGUAGUUAAAUAUGAACUAGAAAUUUCAGCUUAAUUUCUAUUGUAUGCUUCAAGGUUGAACACUUUAAACAAAUACAAAAGUCUAAAUGCUUCCUCUGUCCAAGUCUUCAGAAGUCUUUGUUGGCUAACUAAAUAUCCUUGUGUCCAAGCAUGGAGAAUUGUUUACAAUAGCCAAUGGAGUGGGGAUUCCUAAAAAAUGAUUUCGUAUGCUGCUGUUAAGUAGAAGCACAAAGCUUUUGAGUAAUGUGGGAUUUAUUGUGGAGUGUGUGUAUAUUGGCCUAAGCAGAAUUGAAUUAAUGAGGGCCUGAGUCCAGAUGGAAGAAUAGUGCAUAUGUGAAUGUUCUCAAAAUGAACGUAUUAUUAUAUAGGGUGCUUUUCCUUUUCCCUCCUACUGAAUUCUUUAAUUUUUAAAUUAUAAGGCCUUCUAGAGAAUGUUAAUUGAUAAUCUCAAUGAAUACUACUCAGAAAGUAAUAAAUUUUAAUAUAUUAUAUUGAAAUAUG